UGGACCACAGGGCUGGGCCACGGGUGAGAAGAAGAUGGGGAAACGGGGUAUGUAUCCUUGUAACCUGCUGCUGCAUAACCCACCUGCUUCUGUCCGUGGGUUUAAAACUGAGAAACAUCAAAACGACGAUGCAAGCCUCAUCGUUCAGUGUACGCGCGCAAAUCCCAACCGUUAAUAAGGAUUCCAUGGCCGAGUCUACCGUCCCUAAGUGGGCCCAGAAAACCGUUAGCUUGCCCCCGCUUAGGCGCGGCUGCCAUCUAGUUACUUCCAAGAUAGUCAAAGAAAUCGAACCAGACCUCUCCGGAUUCAAGUGCGGCCUCGCUCAUCUCUUCUUGCAGCACACCAGUGCUUCUCUCACCAUCAACGAGAAUUACGACUCUGAUGUUCGCCAUGAUACCGAAACCUUCCUCAAUCGGAUAGUUCCUGAGGGAUCAUCUGCUCCGUGGAAGCAUACUCUUGAGGGGCCAGAUGACAUGCCGGCUCAUAUUAAAUCGUCGAUGUUUGGUUGUGCACUGACGAUACCAAUUACAAAUGGGAAGCUUAACAUGGGGACGUGGCAGGUAAUAAAAUUCAUUUGUGCAAUGAUCUUUCCAAAAUCAUUCAAAUUUAUGUUGGUUCUAUAUAUAGAGUGUGUGAGGGAGAGAGGCAGGGAGUACAACUUUAAAGUGCAGAGCGAAAGUACACUUGGAUAACCAAGCUUUUUUUCAUCACUUUUGGAAUAUUUUGGAACUCGUUCAUGAACAAUUCAAUUGCUGUCCAAUUCUCAUACAAAUCAGGGCGCUGACUAGAAAAUCAAUGACUAUCUAAGUUUAUCAUAUGCAUGUGCAUAUUAAAACAAUUCUUUCAUUGUGGAUAAUAUUUCAAAAGCUGUUACCUCCGGUAAUUCACCAUUGAUGCCAUACCCUGACGGAAUAUAUUUCAUAAUGGUUGAUACAUAAUACCCUAACUUUGAUUAGGAAAACCCUUCUAUUAUUUGACUAGCAAAUUUCAAAUUCCAUAAUGCUCUCCUUCGAGAUCGAUAGUUCUCACACUGUCUAUUCGAAGGUUUCUCAAUCCAUUUUUUACUUGGAAGCGUAUUCCUAUUCGAUGCCCUGAACUGGAGAUUAAGUUCAUGGAUGAAAGCAGAGAUCAUUUUGUAAAAUUCCGUAAGGACAAAGACAAUGAUAUAAAUUUUGACUGAGUAGUUUAUCUCCUGUGAGAGCAAAUGAAAAACUGAUUUUCUUCGGGCUGGAUUGUGAACAAUAUAAAUAAUGGAAACUGAUUAUUUUAAUUUGUUUGUGAACAUGUAUGCUAAGAAGUAAGAAAUUUCAUAUACUAUUGUUGUGCAUUAGGGUUUUCUUAAAGAAGUUAAUCUUUAUAAUUUGAGAAACGCAAUUGAAAUACUAUACAAACACUCUUAGAAGUUCUUGAGAUUGCAUGUGACUUCCCUUGCUUCUUAUACAUUUACAACAACAACCAUUACAGGGGUGCAAAUUGUAUUUUGCUUUUUGGGUAAUACAGACUGUCAAUGUAGUUUGUUUUAGGUUAAUGUUUGUAAAGGAAGAAGGAUAUUAUAGAGGUAAAAAAGGGAGGGACAUCCCAGAAAUUGACCAGAUCUCAGCAUAUAGAUAAAUCCCAUUUAAUAUGGAAGUGUUUAAUAUCUAUAGCUAUCUAUAGAUGAUGAUGGUUAGAAUGUUUUAUGGUAGGAUCUGUGCUAUUGGAGUUGGUUUGGUUGACACGAAUAACUAGUUAAUAUUUGCAAAUAUUGAAAACACACACACCUCGAUUUGGUUAAUGUAAUAUCCAAAUUAAUAACGUAUUUCUUCUUUUAUGUUUAAGGGUAUAUGGCUAUGCGAGCAUCGAGAUCAUCCUACCUCUCGAAGAGUCGUUGUCACUCUUAAUGGAAUAUGAGGUUUUAAGAUCUGUGCUCUUUACCUCUCUGUCGUAAACUCUUUUUGUAAUUUACAGCAGGAUGUCUGUUUCACAUCUACCAUUUUUAGCUAAUGUAAUUUGAAUAUGUUCUCAACUUGGAACAGCAUUAUGAUAUGAUCUUUUAAUGCAAAGACGUAUUCUAAAUAA